CUAAUCAUUUUCGGGUUUCUCUAAUCGUUAGAAUAGAAAAACGACGCCGUUCGAAGUGAUGGAUUUUUGUUAGUCAAGAUUGUGAUUAGAUCCAUCACACCAUCCUAUUCUUGUACUGCACUGUGAUGACGUAGAAUAGGGCUAUAGACACUGAAAGCAUAUAACGAUUACCUGUGACAGGGAUACAAAAUGGUAAGACCUAGCGUCGACUUGUACAAAAUUUUGGAAGUAACCCCGCAAGCCACCGACAAGGAAAUCAAACAGUCUUACCGUCGUUUAGCGAAACAGUAUCAUCCCGACAAAAACCCAAAUGAUGCGGCUGUGGGCGAGCGUUUUAAAGCAAUUAGUGCUGCAUAUGAGAUUUUGUCUGAUAAAACUAAGCGUCACGAGUACGAUGCAAAGCAAAGGUUUGCUGAGUUUUCCAGUAUGAACGACAUUUUCCAUUCGGAUCCGUUCGAUAUGUUCGGUAAUUUGUUCACUCCCUUCCACAUGUCCUCCUUUAGAUUUCCGUCUAUUAUAAUUCCGCUUAGCGAAUUCAAUGCUAGACGGCGCAGGCGCAGACAGCAAAGAAGGGACCAGUACAGGCGAACAAGGGCCAACAACGUUUUCGGCUCAGAUCGAAGAAGACCGCGCUACUUUGAAACUGCCGGUAUAGCUGAUGAGAGUUCUUUUGGGGAUCCCAUUGAAAAUCUUUUUCGAAACAUGUUCGCCAAUCCACUGGAGGGAGUGAACGGGACUGAACGAUGUAUUUUUCGGCGUGUGUGCCAAACGUAUAGAGAUAACAAUGGCGAUAUAGUCAGUGAGAGACGAGAGGAAACUCGAGAUGGCGACAAAAAGACUUCGAAGACCACAUACACAAAACGAGUCAACGGAAAGCUUCAGGAAACUGUAAAGUUAGUUGAUGAUAAGGGUGUUGAGACGAUUACUAUUCGUGAAGAUGGUUUAGUUAAAAGUAAAAAUGUCCAUCAACAGGCGCAAAUCGCUAUGGAACAGCCUGAGCAGAGAAUACGUGCCAAGAAAUAAAUUGCUUUUCAAUUUCGA